AUGCGUGUCGCAAUUGCGUCCUCCCUUAUGGCCUAUGCUGCUACCGUUGCAGGACUAUUCGUGACUUCGCCUCUCAAGGGCGAAAAGGUCGACUUGAGCAAGCCUGUGACAAUUAAAUGGCAGUCUGUCAGCACCGACCCGGGAACGUUCUCGAUAUAUCUCGUCAACCAGAACACCUACCCCAAUAUAGAGACAUUGAUUGCCUCAAAUGUGGACACCUCGAAGGGUCACUACACGAUGAAGGCUCAGGAUAGCAUCGAUAAGAGCGGAUAUCAAAUCAACUUUAUCUCUCAUGAGAACGACGGCAUCCUAGCACAGUCACAGCAAUUCACUGUCAGCAAGUCCAAGUUUUCAGGGGCCGUGUCUUCAAGCUCUGGUAAGGACGCCGCCACCAGUACUGCCAGUCACACUUCAAAGUCUGCCUCUGCCCCUUCGACUGACGAGCACGACGACCAAGACACAUACCAUGCACAUGACCACAUCCAGUAUGUCCGAAAUAAGCAUGUCCUCUGGUUCUAUGACCGCCACUGGAUCGGCGACUACGACUACUAA